UAUUCCGCUAAAUAUUUAAUUAACAGAUACUCGCAAAUCGUUAAGCUAGCCUACAUAAAUAUAUAUAUACAUAUGUAUGUGUAUAUGAGUUGAGUGCAUAUCGCGUUCGUCGCUUUGUGAUCGGCGUUCAGUGAUCUUGAAAAUACAAAAUUAAAUGUAAAAUAAAUAAAAAUAAUACUAAAACCGCCGAGUGAAAAUUUACACGCGUUUCCAACAACACUCAUCAAACUUUCAAAUACUCGUGCGACAGUAUUAAAUCUGUCCGACAAAUAACGUCACAAUGCUAUUACGUAAAGCGUUCUUCGCCUUCCUAUCGCUCAGCUUAUGCAUCUUAAUACACUUAACUGCCAGCGAAUAUUGUACCAAAUUAGAGAAUGCAAGUUCGGCGUUGCAGACAAAUCCCGCACAGUUCGCCAGCAUCGCGAGCGGUGCAGAAAAGUUUGGCCUGGAACUGUUUUCCUUGAUUUCCACGCAAGCGGCCGAUAAUGAUUUUGUAAUUUCACCAUUUUCCGUAUGGGCGCUAUUACUCCUGCUUUUGGAGGCCGCAUCGGAGAAUACAUUGGACGAGCUGAAUACAGUGCUGCGCAUAAAUCAGGAUCGUCAAGCGUUACGUCAAGCAUUUAAUGUGGUGCAGCAAUUUUUGUUGCGCAAAACAUCGACCAUACACGUCGAAAGCUUACAAGCAAUGUACUAUGACACCUUCGAAAGGUUCGGACAAGACUAUAUUACUACACUAACAUCUUGCUACAACGCAAAGGUACAAAACUUAAGUUUCAACGAUACCAAAACUUCGGUAAAUUUCAUUAACAAUGCAAUAAAUACGGAAACCAAAGGUCUAAUAAAGGAUGCCAUAACUGAAGCUGACUUGGAAAAUGCAAAACUAUUACUCACAUCGUCUCUGUAUUUUAAAGGACAAUGGCAGUUCCCUUUCAACCGAAGCGAGACACGCAGAGAGACCUUCUACGAUAUGAAUGGCAAGCCGGUUGGUGAGGUUGAGAUGAUGUUCCAAAUGACACCAUUCAACUACACCAGAAUGCAGGAUUUGCAGGCGCACGUGCUCGAACUGCCGUACGGCAAUGAAAAUCGUUUGUGUAUGCUAGCUAUACUGCCAAAUAAAGGCAUCUCGGUCAAUCAAGUGGCGCAGAGCUUGCAGAAAUUGGGUGUGCGCCCAAUAUUCAAUAAACUUGAGGAGGACGCCUUAAAUUUCGGCGAACAGGAAGUUGAGGUGUAUGUGCCACGUUUUGAGACAUCAACGUCAAUAUCGCUAAGAGGUACACUAGAAGCGAUGGGCAUAAAGAGUAUUUUCAAUCCGCAGACUGUAAAUUUAGGCAUACUCUCGAAGAGCUUGUUCGUGAAGGACGUCAUACAAAGCACGAAAAUAAUAGUGAAUGAAGAGGGCACCGAAGCGGCCGCAGUCGUUGCGGCGAUUUUGACUAAUAAAAUUUCGCCACCGAAAUUCUACUUUAAUCGCCCAUUCCUGUAUUUAAUUGCGGAAAAACGUUCGAGUACAUUAUUAUUUGCCGGCCAACUAUCGACACCGAAAUUAUUAAAAAACUAAAAGUACUAAAUAUUUAAAA